AACGGUGCUUCGGUCUGCGAGAAACCUUGCUAGGCAAAGAUCAGCCGCAGAGGGUAACCUGAUUCUCACAAUGCCAACCAGCAAAGAAGCCUGCUGUAUGGAGCGAACCCAUCAUCAGCCACGAGGCCUCACCACCAGAAAUAUGCCCCUGGUUUUCCUGUUAACCCUGUUUGUCUCAACGCUGCCAGCGGCGACCCAAGCUUGCCCCAGGUCUUGUUACUGCUUCGACACCUUUGCCACCUGUUCGGAUUUCACAAGCAUCGACUUGAAAUAUCUCCCGAGGGCCACAGACACGCUGGUUCUGACCAGGGGCGAGGUGGAGGAGAUCCCCCCCGCAUUCCUGGCCCGGGCGCCCAAUCUGAAGAUGGUGGAGAUAAUCUCCAUGAACGCUAGAGUGGUCAGGGGAGGCGCUUUUAGGGGUAUUGGCAACCUGGACUUGUUCUCCAUCACCAACUGCUCGUUUGACAUUGUGGAGCCUGAUGGACUCAGUGGAUUCACAGACGUCAACAAACUCCUCAUCUCCGACUCUCACUUCGGCCGAUUGGGCAAACACGCCUUUGGGGAGUUUAAUGGCAUUCAGGAAGUGAAGAUCUGGGCAAACUCGUUCGACACCAUCUCCGACGAAGCUUUUUACAAGUUGGAGAAUGUGGUCUCCUUCCAGAUGUAUCGGAAUAACAUUUCGUAUAUCGGUAUGGAUGUGUUCACAGAGGCUUCUGAAAUUGGCUCCGUAUCUAUAUACAGAAACUACAUCCAAAGCGCCUUAAAGGGUAGUUUUGAUAACAUUGCUGCCUCUACGAAAAGCAUGGAGUUUGACACAAACGUAUUUGAAUGCUCAUGUGACAUAGCUUGGAUGCUGGACUCUCCUUCGUUGAGCGAUUUUCUGUCUAUGAAUGAGUGCAUAUUCCCAGGUAGUGUCGCGCCUUCAGAGAGGACCUUUCAGCUGGCUGCUCUAUACAGAGACGCAUUGUGCCAACACGAGGAACGAGCCACAACGAUGAAAAGUAUCGCCAUCGGCCACGGAAUCUCGGAUGUUUUUGAAGAGUUUGAUCCUAGUCUAUUUGGUUUUGAAAUGGGCAGUGGUAGCGCUGACGUCAUAGAUUUUGAUGACUACAUCACUUCAGAAACUGAACCAACUACUCAGACUUCUUCAUCGACUUCAAUGUCAUCGUCAUCAUCUUCAUCAUCAUCUUCACCAUCAUCCUCUUCUUCCAGUGACUCAUUGUCUGAAUCCACAUCUGUAGCGACGUUAUUGACGUCGUCUUCGUCAACGACAAACUUACCAUCGUCGUCCUCAUCACAUUCCGAUUCAUCUUAUUCGUUCCAAUCUUCAUCUAUGCCACCUCAACUCCCGUUAUCCACAUCAUCAUCAUCAUCAUCAUCAUCAUCAUCAUCAUCAUCAUCAUCAUCAUCAUCAUCAUCACUUUCUUCUUCCUCAUCUUUCGGUUCUUCAGCAUCCUCCUCAUCUCCCAUCACAUAG